UCUCCGAACGAGAUGAGUGGGAGCACGUGGCGGUCUCGCCGUGCCAGCUCCCGUCCGCGCGGGAGAUGGUGAUAAACCAGGAGACGCUGGCAUUCGGCGGUCGCAUGUGGUUCGUCGACGUCACCUGGGGCGUGGUCUCCGCCGACCCGUUCAGCGAUCGGCCGGAGCUCUCCUUCACCGAGCUGCCAAGGGGCAGCGUGCUGCCUGAUGGCGUACAGCAAUUUGAGGGCGUGCCGUCGAGCCAGAGACCCGACAACUUCCGGCAGGUGGGUGUCAGCCAAGGGCGGCUGCGGUAUGUCGAGGUCUCUCGAAAGGAACCAUUCGUACUCAGUUCCUUCGUGCUCGACAACGAAGGCAUUGGCUGGACGCUGGAGCACCGGGUGGCGCUCAGCAAACUCUGGGCGGAUGGAGGCUUCCCAUGGCUACCCUUAAAGGAGUCGCCACAAAUAGGCCUUAUUGACCCACACAACGCAAAUGUCGUGUACCUCACGGUUGACCAACUCGUUCUCGUCCUGGACAUGAACAUGAAGGAGGUGACUGGGCCUUAUCCGCAUACAGGCAACCCCAUGUUUAAGUGUAUACCAUGUGUUCUUCCACCGUGGCUUGGAUCGAGCCGGAUCCCCUCUGUAGGCAAAAAGGACGCUGAGAAAAACAAGGGUUUGGCAGAUGUUCUAGUUCGCUCAGAUAUCCCGUAGAAGAGACGAAGAUUUCUCAGAACUAACAGAUGCUGGUCUCUAAUCAAUUAGGAAGGUGGUCGUGGUAGCUUACUGAAGUCUCAUUUCGGGGAAAACCUGGAGAAGUCCUUUUGAUCAGUUUUGCGAUUUACGUACUUUAUCUCGUUUUGAGGGGAAAUCUGGGAGAUAUUUCAGACUAUCUUCUCUUUUUUUUUGGAGAAUAUUUCAGACUAUGGGUUCACAGCAGAACAUCUCUGUAGAUUUGCUAAAUUGAACAAGCAUGUAAUCUCAAGA